AUGUGCGAACAGGAGCACAUCGGUCACAGCAGAGACACGCUCGAGUCGAUGGAACAUUUGGAGUUGAUGUGUGCCAAUAUGGUUGGACCUCCGGCGGUCAAGCGGAGGAGAAAGCCGGACGGUAAGUGACC